GUUUCAUGGAGCUUGUGAAUGGACUUUCGACCCCAAUUACGACGCAGAAGGAAACUACCGAUAAAACCAGCGGUACUGAACGUGUGGCAACGAUUUCACCAAAUGGCAUUGGCACUAACAGCGAUCGUUCAAUAGUAUCGGUUUCACAUUGGGAGCUCAUGGAUCAGAUAGACGCAUCUUCAAAGCAACGAAAGCGAGCCGAACGACCCCAUAAAUGCGAGAUAUGUGGCAAAGGAUUCGCUCAGAAGUGUCGGCUUGAGCGACAUAUGUUUAUUCACGCUGGCGAACGGCCGUUCAAAUGUGAUAUCUGUGGCAAAUCAUUCCAUGCGAAGGGUCACCUAAAGCUACAUGGGGUAGCUCACACUGGCGAGCAGCCGUAUAAAUGCGAGAUGUGUGGCAGAGGAUUCCUUCAGAAGUGUCCACUUGAGAAACAUAUGUUAACUCACACUGGCGAAUUGCCGCACAAAUGCGAGAUAUGUGGUAAAGGAUUCGUUCAGAAGUAUCUGCUUGUGAGACAUAUGUUAACGCACACUGGCGAGCGGCCGUACAAAUGCGAGAUAUGUGGUAAAGGAUUCGUUCAGAAGUCUGGGCUUGAGCGACAUAUGUUCACUCACACUGGCGAACGGCCGUUCAAAUGUGAUAUCUGUGGUAAAUCAUUUUAUGAGAAGAGUCACCUGAAUCUACAUGUGGUAGCUCACACUGGUGAUCGGCCGUAUAAAUGCGAGAUAUGUGACAAAGGAUUCGUUCAGAAGUGUCUGCGUGAGCGACAUAUGCUAACGCACACUGGCGAGUUGCCGUACAAAUGCGAGAUAUGUGGUAAAGGACUCCUUCUGAAGUAUCAGCUGAAGCAACAUGUGGUAAUUCACAGUGGCGAGCGGCAGUACAAAUGUGAUAUAUGUGGCAAAUCAUUUACCCGUCAGAGUGUCUUAACUUUGCACAGAAAGAUACACAGUAAUGAACGAUCGCAUAAGUGCGAUACAUGUGGUAAGGAAUUCUUUCAUAAUCAUCACCUGAAGCGACAUGUGGUAACUCACACUGGUAAGUUGCCGUACAAAUGCGAGAUAUGUGGUAAAGGAUUCGCUCAGAAGUAUCUGCUGAAGCAACAUAUGGUAACUCACGGUGGCGAUAGGCCGUACAAAUGCGAGAUAUGUGGCAAAGGAUUCAUUCAGAAGUAUCUGCUUGAGCGACAUAUGUCAACUCACACUGGCGAGUAGCCGUACAAUUGUGAUAUUUGUGGCAAAUCAUUUUAUGAGGAGAGUACCUUGAACAGGCACAGAAAAAUUCACAGCAAUGAACGAUUGCAUAAAUGCGAGAUAUGUGGCAAAGGAUUCCCUCAGAAGCAUCUGCUUGAGCAACAUGUGUUAAUUCACACUCGCGAGCGGACGUGCAAAUGUGAUAUAUGUGGCAAAUCAUUUAGGUUGAAAAGAUGUUUGAGCAGGCACAGACAUUUACAUUAACGGUCACAUGUGAGGUAUAUGGCAUACGCACAAUAAAUGAA